AUGUGGGAUAUUGAUUCCCAGAAGCCCCCCAAGGGGAGAUGGUCAACGCCGCCCUUCGACCCGCGCUUCCCCAACCAGAACCAGACCCGCAACUGCUACCAGAACUUCCUGGAUUACCACCGCUGCGUCAAGAAUAUGAACCGCCGCGGGAAGAGCACGCAGCCCUGCGAGUAUUACUUUCGUGUGUUCCACUCGCUGUGCCCCAUGAGCUGGGUGCAGCGCUGGACCGAGCAGAUCAAGGCGGGGACCUUCGCAGGCAAAAUUUGA